AUGGCCACUCCAGCUCCCCCCGAGGACCAAGCUCGUCUGCUUGAAGAUGCACUGGUUGCCGUGCGUCAGCAGACUUCGCUCAUGCGCAAAUGCCUCGACACACCGGGCAAGCUGAUGGAUGCGCUCAAGUGCUGCUCGACCCUUGUUUCUGAGCUCCGUACCAGCAGCCUUGGUCCCAAACAAUACUAUGAGCUAUAUAUGUCUGUUUUCGAUGCCCUGCGAUACUUGUCCGUUCACCUUCGCGAAAAUCACCCUGUCAAUCACCUAGCCGACCUCUACGAGCUUGUUCAGUAUGCUGGCAACAUCGUUCCACGAUUAUAUCUCAUGAUUACCGUGGGAACCGCUUACAUGGCCAUUGAGGAUGCGCCCGUCAAGGAGCUUAUGAAAGACAUGAUGGACAUGAGCCGAGGCGUUCAACAUCCUAUCCGUGGACUGUUCCUCCGUUACUACCUUUCCGGCCAAGCGAGAGACUUCCUGCCGACAACUGAGAGCGAUGGUCCCGAGGGCAAUAUCAGCGACUCCAUCAACUUUGUGCUUACGAACUUUGUGGAAAUGAACAAACUAUGGGUUCGGCUACAGCACCAAGGUCAUUCGAGGGAGCGCGAACAGAGGAUUCGAGAGCGAAAGGAGCUGCAGCUACUUGUUGGCAGCAACAUCGUGCGCCUGAGUCAACUCGUUGACCUCGAAACCUACAAAUCCAGCAUUCUAGCGCCUCUGUUAGAGCAGGUGGUCCAAUGUAGGGACGUUCUCGCCCAAGAGUAUCUCCUUGAGGUGAUUACGCAAGUUUUCCCAGACGAGUUCCACCUGCACACGCUGGACCAGUUCCUUGGGGCUGUCUCGCGGCUCAACCCUCACGUCAACGUGAAGGCUAUUGUGAUUGGAUUGAUGGAUCGAUUGUCCGAGUAUGCUGAACGCGAUGGACCGGAGGACAAGUCUGAGGACAAGGCCCAGAUGGAGGCCGAUGCUCUCGCAAAACUGCUAGAGAAGGUCAACCUCCUGAAGGAAACACCCGCAACCCCACCUUCAGAUUCCAAAUCCCCCGAGGAAGGCAAGUCGAGUGACUCUUCUGAAUCUACCGAGUCUCCUGAUGACACCAAGACUCCCGAGAGCGAGGAUGGGACAACAGCCAAGACGGAGGAGCCUGCUAACGAAACUGCUGGUGAAAGCAGUACCGAUGACUCCAGCACACUCGCCGAGUCCACGCCUUCAGUUGCAGAUACGGAAACAACUGCUGUUAACGGCCAAGGCUCAAUCACAGAAAAGGUACAGCUCUACGAGGUGUUCUUUGCUCAGGUCAAGAACCUGGUUGAGGCACAGCAUCUACCUGUGCCCGACAUCAUUGCUCUUCUGGUGUCACUUUGCAACCUUGCUCUCAACAUCUAUCCUGAUAGACUGGACUAUGUCGACCAGAUUCUAGCCUACGCGACUACCAAGGUUCGAGAAAACAUGAACAACGCCGAUCUGCACUCGCCUCCUGCUCAACAGAGCUUGCUUGCUUUACUGCAAGCCCCUCUUAAUCAUUAUGUUUCUACAUUUACUGCUUUGUCUCUUCCCACCUACGUUCCUCUUUUCCAGUCGCAAUCAUACCCCACUCGCCGCGCCGUCGCUGGUGAUGUUGUUCGCACUUUGCUCAAAAACCAAACCAAGAUCUCAACUACGGAACAGCUCGAGAACGUUCUGGAGGUGCUGAAAGUUCUCAUUAAGGAAGGAUCCCAGGCACCUCAAGGUUACCCUGGUGUCAGCCAAAGGCGCCCCGUGGAGACAGACGAGACGAUGGAGGAGCAGGGGUGGCUCGCAAGAAUCGUGCAUUUGCUGCAGGCUGAGGAUAACGACACUCAGUUCAAGCUGCUUCAGAUGACGAGAAAGGCAUACUCGGAAGGAAAUGAGCGUAUUCGCACGACUACACCUCCUCUUCUGACGGCAUGUAUGAAGCUGGCGAGGAAGUUCAAGCAGCGAGAGCAUUUCGACGACAACUGGGAGACACAGAGCAACGCCCUGUUCAAGUUCAUGCACUCUGCGCUUAGCACGCUUUACACCCGUGUCAACAGCUCUGGGGCUGCCGAGAUGGCACUGCGCCUCUUUGCAUCCGCUGGACAAACCGCCGACCUAGUUGGUUUUGAAGAAGUUGCGUACGAGUUCUUCGCACAGGCCUUUACCGUGUAUGAGGAGGCUGUAACCGACUCGAAAGCUCAAUUCCAGGCAGUCUGCGUGAUCGCCACUGCUCUUCACCAAACCCGUAAUUUCGGCAAGGAGAACUACGACACACUUAUUACCAAAUGUGCACAGCAUGGAAGCAAGUUGCUGCGCAAGCCUGAUCAAUGUCGUGCUGUUUACCUGGCUAGUCAUCUGUGGUGGGCAACUCCCAUUGUGUCUAACGGCGAAUCUGAAGAGACAGAGCUUUACCGGGACGGCAAACGAGUGCUGGAAUGUCUUCAGCGAGCCCUUCGGGUGGCCGAUUCUUGUAUGGAGACGGCCACGUCGAUUGAGCUCUUUGUUGAGAUCCUAGAUCGUUAUGUGUAUUACUUUGACCAGCAGAACGAAUCAGUCACAACCAAGUAUCUUAAUGGACUUAUUGAGCUCAUUCAUUCUAAUCUGGCAGGCAAUCAACAGGAUUCUGCUUCAGUCGAGAAUAGCCGCCGGCACUUCAACCAGACAUUGGAAAAUAUUCGGAGUCGACAGUACGAGGGUAUUGUGCUGACACCGAACUGA